UGAUAUAUCAACCCCCUAGGACAGUGGUCUCCAACCUGCGGACCUCCAGAUGUUGCAAAACUACAACUCCCAGCAUGCCCGGACAGCCAACGGCUGAGUUGCGCAUAGCAACCAAUCACAUCGCUUCUUUCAUUUUCCAGAGGCCUUUUCAAAAAUGAUUGGUUGCUAUGGGCAACUUAGUAUUUUUUCCUCAGGUUUUGAUAAAUCUCCCCCAAUGUCCUGUUUGAUCACUAACGUACGUCCAGGUUCCUUUAAGUCCAGAACUCUCACAGCUGAAGUUUUCCUAUGAAGUACAAUGGUCCUUAUCACCAAUGACCGACCAAGGAUGGACGAUGCCAGAAACCACAUGUCUGGGAGGAUAUUAGACCUCACCCUGGAGAUAAUCUACUGCAUAACUGGAGAGGAUUACACAGUAGUGAAGAAGUCGUCUGGUGAGUGUGUGACCCCCCGUGUGUCAGGAGGGCGGGGCAGGAGCCAGAGCCCCGCCCCCGAGGAGCCUCCACCUCAUUCACUGAUACAUGAGCAGAAGAUCCUAGAACUUACCUCCAGGAUCACUGAGCUGCUGACUGGAGAGGUUCCUAUAAGGUGUCAGGAUGUCGCUGUCUAUUUCUCCAUGGAGGAGUGGGAGUAUUUAGAAGGACACAAGGAUCUGUACGCAGACAUAGUCAUGAUGGAGGAUCAGCAGCCCCUCACAUCACCACUGGAUGGAUCCAGUCAGAGAAAUCCCCCAGAGAGAUGUCCCCGUCCUCUAUAUUCCCAGGAUUGUAAAGAGGAAGAGCAGAAUGUCCCUGUGGAUCAUCAGAAACGUGACGGUGAGACGAGAAUUGGACCCGAGGAACCAGAAUCAGUGUCGGAGAAAUCCCGGACAUUUGCGCACGUGGCGCAGGAGGAGAACGCCGCUGAAGACCUCACCACUCCAACAGACCUCUCCCUCCCGGCACUUACGGGUUGCCAGAGACCUGUUAACCAGACAACGCCUAGGCACGUCCGCUCGAGCCUACAGGGCAAUUGUGAGAGCUCCGAGGGACCCAGCGGAAGCGAUGAACACUGGAUGAGAGACUCCCAUGGACUUUUCAUGUUAUCUCCGCAUUUUGAGGAAGAAAAUAGCUACGCCACCCUAGAUAAUUCAGCAGCUCCUUAUGUACCCAUAGUCCUUCACAGCAGCGACCUAUCCACAAAUACCGCUGGUCACCAGGAACCUUUCUCUCAUCAAUUACUGAUUGCCGAACAGAGAAGUGGAAAGAAAACUUCUGUGCACGAGGGAGUAAACAAAGCUGAAAGGCCAUAUGUAUGUUCAGAAUGUGGGAAAACUUUUCCUAGGAAACUUAAUCUUGAGUUACAUCACAGAAUUCACACAGGGGAAAAGCCAUAUUUAUGUAGAGUAUGUGGGAAAUGUUUUACCCAAAAAUCAGGUCUUCGUGAACAUCACAGAAUUCAUACAGGGGAGAAGCCGUAUUCAUGCACAGUAUGUGGGAAAUGUUUUACCUAUAAAACUGUUCUUGUUGACCAUCUGAAAACCCACACGGGAGAGAAGCCGUUCACAUGUCUUGAAUGUGGGAAGUGUUUUAGUCAAAAACCACAUCUUAAGUCACAUCAAAGAGUUCACACCGGGGAAAAGCCAUUUCCGUGUCCCGAAUGUGGGAAAUGUUUUAGUCAUAAAUCAAAUCUUAAUGAGCAUGUAAAAACUCACACAGGGGAGAAGCCGUUUUCAUGUCCUGAAUGUGGGAAACGUUUUGCCGAGAAAUCUAGUCUUGUUAAACAUCAUAGAACUCACACGGGGGAGAGGCCAUUUUCAUGUCCAGAAUGUGGGAAAUGUUUUACAGACAGAAAGGGAAUGGUUAAACAUCAGAAAAUUCAUGUACAAGAGAAGCCAUUUUCAUGUACUGAAUGUGGUAAAUGUUUUAUUCAGAAAUCAAAACUUGCAGAACAUCUAAGAAUUCACUCAGGGGAAAAGCCAUUUUCAUGUCCUGAAUGCGAGAAAAGUUUUAGAAAAAAAUCAAACCUUAUGCAGCAUCUAAGGCUUCACACUGGGGAUAACCCUUUUUUGUGUCCAUAUUGUGACAAAUGUUAUAGCCUUAAAUCAUCGCUUGUUCUUCAUCUGAGAACUCACACAGGAGAGAAGCCAUUUUCAUGUUCAGACUGUGGAAAAUGCUUUAGCCACAGAUCAAGUAUUGCGCUGCACCAGAGAACUCACACAGGGGAGAAGUCAUAUUCAUGCCCAGAUUGUGGCAAAUGCUUUACCCAAAAAUCAAAUCUUAACUCGCAUCAAAAAACUCACACAGGGCAGAAGCCGUUUUCAUGUCCUGAGUGUGAGAAAUGUUUCAGCCAGAAAUCAAAUCUUGUUAAACAUCAGAAAACUCACACGGGGGAGACGGGGUUUAUAUGUCCUAAAUGUGGAAAAUAUUUUGGUCAGGAAUCAGAUCUUCUGGAACAUGAAAAAACUCACACAGGGGAGAAGCCAUUUUCUUGUCCUGAAUGUGGGAAAUGUUUUAGCGUUAUGUCAAAUCUUAUAGCACAUCUAACGGUUCACUCAGGGUAGGAUAUACAAAUAUUAGACUGCAUUCACAAGUUCAGGUUUGGAAUCCUUUACACGUGUCCUCCUCUUAUGAACGGUGUGUCUUGAAUAAUUGCAAUUAAAAACCUGACCGUGUGAACACGUCCUUAUACACAUAGUACCGUUCAAUAACAGCUCAGCAGGUGGGCAUUAAAGGGGUUAUCCAGGAAAAAACAUUUUUUUAUAUACCGUAUUUAUCGGCGUAUAACACGCACUUUUUAGGCUAAAAUUUUUAGCCUAAAGUCU